AUGUGAUUGCCCCCUGUUCCGGUUACAAAGGGAGGGAGGAGGGAGGCAGCAGUUCAAUGUAAACCUUCACACUGAUGGAAAGAAGCGGCCAACAUCAGGAGCAGAGUCCCUCACUCAGCCGGCGCUGCAAUUUACCCAAAAUGUUCAAUUUGUUUCUCCAGCGCGGAUUAAAACUCCGCGAGCCCUCGGCCUCUAAUGGGGAGCAGCUGCAUGAACUAGUGGACAGACUUCCAUUAACAGUUUUUCUUUGCCGCCGGCCAGGUCACCGAGCUGAGCACGCACUGUGACAGGAAGAGCGACAUUAAACUGACUAUUUACUAAUGUGGCACGUUUUUUCCUGUUCUGAUAGAGAGACCGGAUCACGGGGACAGGUGACCUUAAAGCUGCGCGUUAUCUUUCUCUGAAAAGCCUCGAGGAAGUUGAAGAGGAGAGAAAGGCGGUAGAUGAAGGGAUCAGGAGACACCUGACAAACUGCUGAGGCAUUGCUGCAGGAGUGUUGAUUGGCCUGGAGCGUGAUGCUGUUUGCAGCCGGUGGGUUUAACAACAAGACAACAGCAGCUCCCAGGAGGAGGGUUAACUUGUCACAGACAUUACCUCAUCAAAUGACUCUGACCUGACUCACAUAGGAGCCAGGGGCUGCAGGCCACAGCAUGGGCAACUCCUCCAGAAAGGGAGAGGGAGAAGAGGAAGAGGAGGGGGCGAAGGGUGGUGAGGAGGCAGAAAUCACAGAGAAGAAGAAAGAGGAGGUGGAGGUGGAGCAAGAGCUUCCAAUGGGGGUGGAGGAGUUGUUUGAGAGUGGAGAUCCCGUGCUGGACUUGAGCUACCGUAAAUUUAAGCGGUUGCCUUCACGUGUUAGUGGACUAAUGCAUCUGGAAAAGCUGUAUGUUUGUGGAAACAGCCUGCGCACUUUGCCCGACAGCAUCUCCCAGCUGCAAGGUCUGCGGAUCCUUGCCCUAGACUUCAACAAGAUGGAGGACGUUCCCGCAGCCGUCUGCCAGCUCACUAACCUCACUCGCCUCUACCUGGGCAGCAACCGGCUCAUGUCACUCCCGCCCGAGGUGAGGAACCUGCAGAGUCUGCGCUGCCUGUGGAUGGAGAGCAACUACUUCCAGAUGUUUCCACUGGAGCUCUACGACCUGCCCAACCUCAAAUCCCUUCAGAUUGGGGACAACCGGCUGAAGAGGCUGCCUCCUGACCUCUGGCGAAUGGAGGCUUUGAGGGGAUUAUGGCUCUAUGGGAACCGCUUUGAAACUUUCCCCAAAGUCCUGCUGCGCAUGGAGGGUUUGGAGAUACUGGAUCUGGACCGCAACAAGAUAUCAGAGUUUCCUAGCCUGAAGCGCCUCCACGCCCUGCGCCUCUUCUCCUACGACCACAACCCAGUGGACAGCCCACCUAAAGUGGGCGAGGAGGUGCUCGUGGUUGGAGAAGGUGCUGCAGAGUUCUUGGAGAAGCGUGAGGCCAGAAACGAGAGACGACGAAAGGCCGCAGAGCAAGAGGCCGAAGAGUUGGCUCUAGCAGGAGAGGAGCCGGUGAUUCACGGCAUCCUAAAGAAUAGCAGCUCCAACUCAAAACAAGCUCUGGUGACUUUAGGGGACGCAGACAUUAAAGAGGAAGAGGCAAUGGAGGAGGAGGAGGAGGAGGAGGAGGAUGUGGAGGUGCCUGUCACUGAGUACGAUGGAGCUGAGCUUGAAUAUGAUGAAGAGGGGGUUGAAUAUGAGACAGAGGAGCUGAUAUGUGAGGGAGAGGGGUUUGAAUAUGAGGGGGACGAGCUGGAGUACGAAAGGGCUCAGAUGGACUAUGAGUAUGAGGAGCUGGAGGACACAGGGAGACAAGAUGAAGGGGCAUGAAAAACCCCUCAUCCAUUAAGACUAAGAUGAUCUGCAGGCAGGUGGAGGUGAAUGACCUCCACCUUUAAUCAAUUAGCUGUGCUGCUAAUCUAUCGUUAACUGUGAAAAUGAAUUAGCAUUGAGGCAUUAUAAAACUGUAAACUGACAGCACUUGUGACAUCUCUAUCAGCUGCAAAUGACCAAAUCAGAGCAGGGCUCAGAUGGAGUGCGUGCGUGCGUGCGUGUGUGUGUGUGUGUGUGUGUGUGUGUGUGUGUGUGUGUGUGUGUGUGUGUGUGUGUGUGUGUGUGUGUGUGUGUGUGUGUGUGUUACAUUAGGUUUUUUUUCUGUGUGUACACAUGAGACCAAGUCUUCCCUUAUUAAAUAUUCUCAGCUGAUGAA